AUGGGAGUCAGAUCACACAAGUUUGGUAAAGCAAUGUCUGUCGACCUUGUCGGUGGACCUCUACUCUCCUCGUCCUCAUCCUCUUCGUCCUCGUCAUCUUCGUCAUCGUCCUCUUCAUCUUGCUCCUCCUCAUCAUAUUCCUCCUCCAUCCCCGCCUCUGCUGUCAUCGUGGCGACCACCACCUCCACUACAAGAGAUUACUUCUCUCCAGACCACUCGGCUCCCCUCACACCCAACUAUUCACUCCCUCAGGGAAGAGACCCUGGCCCUUCGAGUGGAGCAUCACCUCGAGGCAGUAGCUGUCUUGCUCUGCACCAGACAGUCGGUCCCCCUCAGUCAGCUGGCCAUCUAAUUUACAUCAGUCCGGAGGAGUACAUGCCACCCGGGUCUCGCGAUGAGCCUGGGCUCCACACACAACUUUCACCCCUGUCUGGAGUGGCCAACAGAAGCCCUUCUGUUCUGGAUCAUCCAACCGGUCUUUUAGGGCCUUUCGAGGAGUCAUACACCUCCCCAGCAGGACAGUCAAUACCACCUGCCUAUGUUUAUCCGUCUUGUGGCUAUGAAAUGACUGCCGUUUCUCCUGCAAGCUUCCCCACCCUAGCGAUGCUCACGGCUUACACUAAUUCGAUCUACCCUGCAGGUAGCACCAGUUGGGAGGAGCUGCCGAAUCGAAGUGGUGGCCGAAUGGCGGCUGGAGUGGCACCAUGGCAACGCUGUGAUAGUGGUCGGCACAAGAUGAGGUCAUCGUCGGCUGAAAUGGGGGCGGACGAAGAGGAUGGACAUGAUGAGGAAGAGGAGGAAGAGGAGGAAGCAGAUGAAGAAGAUGAAGGAGAAGACGAAGGUCAUGGGCGUGAGAGGAAGGAUGCUGGGGAGGCUUGUUUAAGGACAAUGCAGCAAGUCGGACGGCAGCACAACCACGAUAUCCACCUGACUGCUCUCUUUCCACAUGGUCGAGGAGGGCACUUUGCACAAGUUAAUGAGAAGGAGGAUGGUCAAAAUGGCGUCGAAGCAGAGAGCGAAUAUACAACUCAGAGUGAGAGGACGAUCGAGGCCGGUGAGCCUACCUCAAUGGGUACAGCCUCACUAAUUUUGAUGCAGUUGUCAGCAGCAGGCCCUCUGCGCCGCCCCAGUUCGCAGACUCCGGAGCCCUGUCGACGAGCCUACAGUAAUGAUACUCCUUCUCACUUAACCUCCGGAAGCUCGAACACCACGAAUAUUGCAACUGGCAUUCCCAUUACUCUAAUGUCUAAUACAGGCGUCAGCCAAAUCAACCAGUCCAGGACGGCCCGCAAUAUGGCAGGGUAUGGUCGCGAUGGACCCCAGACUGCAGGUUCUGAAGUGUGUCAUCAGACUGGAGCCUACUCUAGAGCAUCGUACAUGUGCCGAAAGUGCAAGUCCCAUGGACAGAGCAUCCCAGUGAAGCGGCACAAACGAGCUUGUCCUUUUCUCAACUGUGCCUGCCUUAAAUGUCGCUUGGUGGAUCAGGGGAGGAAGGUGGUGGCGAGACAAAUCGCACUAUACAGAGACCAAAGGAGUAACAAUCACUCAGCGGGCAAGCAGAUCUCUUCGAAGGACUCAGCAAGGUUGUCGAGGGCCCCAGAAUCAAGUAGUUUAACUGACGAAAGAGGCCAGAAGGGGGGCGGUGACGGAAGUGGAAUAGAAGGCAGGGACGUGCAUGUUACUAUUGGAGACAAACAUGCGUCUGAAUGCUGCAAAGGACUGGUUCAAGUCGACGCUCCUUUCUAUUGCCCUACACCGGCCUUGGCUGGCCUUAACUCCAACCAUCUAAUUCCUACUACAAUUUCAGCGGGCUUAGAAAUCUGUUUCCAGAACUCCGGAAUAAUCGUUCAUCAAGUCGAGCAACAGGAUCGACCAGAAGCUCUGCAGGAGUCUGGGUUUGAUCCCCGAAGGCUAGGUGAAUCCCCAUUUACGUGUAAUAUAGAAGAGGGACUGACAAUUUCGAGUAAAACGGGGCAGAUUAUAGGCCAGCCAAAUGGGCCUGGACCACAUUGUAGGCGCUGUCGAAAUCACAAUAUUGAAAUAACUUGGAAAGGGCACAAGAAAGCGUGCCCCUAUCGUAACUGUCCAUGUGAUCCCUGCCGUCUGAUCAAUGUGAGAAAGGACACAGAGAAGACACUUAGAGACAUGAGUUAG